AUGUCAUCACCUCAAAGAGAAGGAUUCACAGCACCAGCAUCUAUAUCCCAUGCAGCGCACGGGCAAGUGACUAACAAAUCUCUUGGUGUUAAAUACAAUUGUGCUCAGUGUGCCACCUCAUUUUCCUUAGGUAAGAGCGACGCCAUCAGAUGUAAAGAAUGUGGUCACAGAGUAAUUUAUAAGGCAAGAACGAGAAGAAUGGUACAGUUCGAAGCUCGCUAA